ACCAGGUGUGAGUCUGAUUAGCCGUUGCAAACACACUCACACCUGGUGGUACAAUAUGUUGCCUUUAAGCUCUGUGAAGGUGACCCCUUCAGGUAGAAGUGGAACUGUGAAUCAGGGCUUGGGUCAUUUUGCCUUAUAUUGCCCUCGAAAUUGGGAUGACAGGGGGUUGUAAAUAACCCAAUAAAAUAAAGGAUUUACUUAUGUAUUUAAGUCUGUAUUUGCAAAACCCAGUUAAUAUCUUUAGUGUUAUUGGAUUAUUGAAUCUUUGUCUGUCAUGAUACAUAGAAAAAUAUGAUAUUUCGGCACAUUUUCAUAUCCAUAUUGCCCCUCAAAUGCAUUAAACAGGGACCUGUGUUAAACUGAUUGUAUGUUGUACCCGGCUGUGAACCAUGGCAGAACCAAUGUGCAGGUUAGGAAAACAGCAUACAUGCUCAGAAACAAGCCCAGAAACAAGCCAGCAGAGGCUGACAUUUUUAUUUAUUUAUUUACUUUAUCAUAAAAUCCGGUCUUUCUUGAUAUGCUAAAAAAUAAAAUUAUAAUUGGCUACACAUUUAUAAAUAUAUAAACUUUAUUAUAAAUACGCUGCAAUGGAUAGGGGAGCUGUGUCUUUUGAGCAAAUCAACUUUAAAGUCACAUAGACAUCAUGCAAUGAAUGAGGCAGUAUGGACAUUGUUGACCGAUGAUGACCCCUGAUGAAAGAUAUGAUUGGACUGUCAGCCGCAGGUGGCUGCAAGUCAGUGACAAGAACGAGGAGGCUAAUGGUAUUGAAGUACAACUCUCAGCAGCACCACAAAGAUGGGCAAUCUUGAAGGGUCAUGUGAAUCUGACACUGAAAUCCUGGAGUGAUUUCUAAAUUUUUCUACAUAGGCCUACUACAUUUUUUCUAGAAACUGCCCUCCCUAAUCCUAACCGAUCCUUAAUCAUACAUCUUAUAAAUGUUCCUUGUAACCUGCUAACUUGUAAUGAACCAAAGACACUUUUUUUUUAACAUGAAAGUAAAGAAAAUAGGUUAAAUUGUCAAGGCUACUUUAUACAAUCUAUGCCUCAACCACGUGCAAAUGUCGGGAGGGAGGGAAAAAAAAACAUAUGUGAAUGAGAAUUUACAGUUAAUGUCGAAUAAGACAUCCCCUCUGGAACAUUGUCCUAUUUCCAUGUUAUAAUGAACAAAGAAAAGACUACAUAUCCAUUGCCUUGUCAUUAUACAAAGGCUAAAUAGGCUAAAUAGAUAGCCACUACAACUCCAGAAAUGCUGUCUUUUGCAAGAGUUGUCUGCUAUUUAGCCAGUUGUCUGCUAUUUAGCCAUUUAGCCAGCCGGGUGUUGCUUAUGCAACGCAAUGCUCAUGACACUUGCACUGCCAAGGUCAGUUAAACCAAUAACUAACAAUCAUGAGGCCUAAGAAAUCCCCCCCUCCCCAUGCAUACAUGGGGUUGUGUAUUUCAAUCCGAAAACCUCUGAGCACAACCACUUAGAGAGAGAGGAGAGAGCAAGAUAGUGGUAGAGAGAGACAGUGUGGCUAACAGAGGAGAGAGGGCCAAACCAACUGAACAUCAUUGAAGCUACUUUGCCUUUGGUUGACAGUAGGGCCUCUACUGGACUUGGAGUCUGACUAAAAAUCCAGGUGUUGUGUUGGAAUUUCAGCAUUAAGAGAUCUCUAUUUUGGACUUCACCUUGUUCUUUUUUGAAAACUAGUCAUCGCAACAUGGGGAAAACGGUGGAUGGGAUGAAGGAGAGACCUAAAUGGGACAACAAAGUCCAGUAUCUCCUGUCCUGCAUUGGCUUUGCUGUUGGACUUGGGAAUGUAUGGCGUUUUCCCUAUCUGUGCCAAAUCUAUGGCGGUGGUGCUUUCCUCAUCCCCUACCUGAUAGCCUUGGUAUUUGAGGGCCUUCCCCUGCUCUACCUGGAGAUGGCCAUCGGACAGAGGCUGCGCACCAGCACCAUCGAUGUCUGGAACUGCAUCUCCCCCUUCCUGGGUGGAGUCGGCAUAGCCAGCAUGGCGGUGUCGUUCCUGACAAACCUGUACUACAACACCAUCCUGGCCUGGGUGCUCUGGUACUUCUUCCACUCUUUCCAGGAACCCCUGCCCUGGAGUCAGUGCCCACUUGUUGACAACUCUACAGCCUUCAACAAGGAAUGUUUGGACAGCACGCCGGUCAACUACUUCUGGUACCGCCAGACCCUGAACAUAACCCCGGACAUCGAUACCAGCGGCUCUCUGCAGUGGACGCUGGUCAUCUGCUUGGCCACCGCCUGGUGUGUGGUCUACAUCUGCUUCAUCAGGGGUAUCGAGACCAUGGGAAAGGCAGUAUAUGUGACAGCUACCUUCCCCUACCUGGUGCUGACUAUAUUCCUGAUAAAAAGCCUCACUCUGACUGGGUCCACUGAUGGCCUGAUCUACCUCUUCACUCCCGAUUGGAACGUGCUGAAGAACCCCCAGGUAUGGCUGGACGCCGCCACUCAAAUCUUCUUUUCUCUCUCAUUGGCUUUCGGAGGUCUCAUCGCCUUCUCCGGUUACAAUCCUGAGAAGAAUAACUGUGAGCAAGAUGCUGUUCUGGUGGGUGUGAUCAACAGUAUUACAUCCAUUUAUGCAGCCAUUCCCAUCUUCUCCAUUCUGGGCUUCAAGGCCACCAUCAACUACAACUCCUGCCGAAUGAGCAACAUCUUAUCUCUAACUAACCACUUUGAGAUUGGAGACCAGAACAUGACCCUGGACAACUACGAACAGAUGCUUGGAUAUCUGAACAGCACAAAGCUGGAGGAGGUUGCAAAGUUGGAACUAAGGUCCUGCAACCUUCAAAAGUUCCUUGACCAGAGUGCGUCUGGUACCGGCCUGGCGUUCAUUGUGUUCACCGAAGCGGUGAUAGAGAUGCCGGGCUCUCAGGUCUGGGCCGUGCUGCUAUUCGUCAUGCUCUUCAGCUUGGGCCUGUCCUCCACGUUUGGAAGCAUUGAACCCAUCCUCACGCCCCUCUGUGACCUAAACCUGGUGUCAAAGUGGAUCCCUAAUGAGCUUGUCACAGCUGGUGUUUGCUUGAUCUCCUUCCUGGUGGGCAUGCUGUUCACCCUCGGCUCGGGGAACUACUGGCUGGAGAUCUUCGACAACCAUGUGGGCACUACGCCACUGCUCAUCAUCGCCUUCUUCGAGCUGAUCGGAGUAAUUUAUUUCUACGGGAUGCAAAACUUUAGUGACGACAUCCUCUACAUGACUGGGAAAAGACCAAACAUCUUCUGGAGGGUUUGUUGGAGGUUUAUCAGUCCACUGUACCUGCUGGCGGUGUUUCUGGCCUAUGUGGUUAUUCAGACCCAGCAGCACCCACAGUAUCUUGCAUGGAACCCUGACUAUGUCCAUUUCCCAGAGACAGAAGCAAAGGAUUACCCAGGAUGGGUGUUUGCUAUUAUAGUCAUCCUCUCUGUGUUGCCGGUGAUCUCCAUCCCCCUGGUUGCCUUUUACAGACUGAUUUGCUGUGGACUUGACAGGAAGUCUACCAAGUGCAGUGGCACCAAUCCCUACAUCAACAGUGGUUAUGAGAUAGAAACAUAAAAACGGUAGCCUACCGACUUUGAACGACUUGAAAUGGGUGUCCGGACGUGGCGAUUAGCAUGGCUUCUGCUGAUGUGGACUAUGACAAUUUUUGGCUGUUGUAGUUAAAUCACAUUUUCAACUAAGAUCGGCCUAUAUUAUGCUUUCUAAUUAGAGAUGGCAUAGUAAUAAAGAUAAUCGUCUGUGCAUAAUAAUAUAUCAUCUCGACAACAUAUGGGUUUAUGUUGUGUUUAUUUUGACUACAUUUUCUUGCAGCGAUUGGAACAAAGCAGACAGGAUUAAUAGUAAUUUAACAGUAUGCCUUUAUUAUGGAUUAUAUAAUAACAUUUGUGUAUGUAUUUUGGAUAAAGAUCAUCCGUUUGUUUUUUAAAAAGAAAACAGCCUUGAUAUAGUGACGUAGCAGGGUUACUGAAUACCAUUGAUGAUAGAAAUAUAAGCAAGCUAGUUUAACCAAAAAAGUCCAACACACAUUUCCUGGAAAAUCCUGAAUUUAAAGCCAACAAAAACAAAAGGUGUCUGAAUCGGUGUGGUUCAACAAGAAACACCCAUAAACUAGUCACAUUUCUAUGAAAUUCGCAGUUUUUUAUAAAAAAAAUAUCUUAUGAAAGUACAAAAGCACAAUUGGCUAAAUGAAGGCUACUUAUUAUGGUUUUGUGGUAUCUGUUAUGUAGAACAAUGUUCCCGGUGUUUCUUUCAUAACCCUCGCUCAGCCCUGGAACUCACACCAUUAUCUGAUGCUCAAAAUAAACUUAACACAAAAAGUAAGGAAA